AUGAAAUAUCCUUUUUUGUUUUCUAUCCUUUACGUUAUAUCUAUUUACCUUGCUUUUUUCCAAGCUCAGGCUAUUCAACUGGAUAUUAAUGAUGAUGAUUCGGUGCGAAACGCUGUAAGCAGCAUGACUGGAGAGCUGAUGAAUUACUGGAAUGGUUCUGAUUAUAAAUUUGUCGCAUCAUAUUGGUGGGUUACUGGUGCAUCAAUGACUGCUCUCCUAAACAAUGAUAUAUUAUUUGGUAAUAAUACAUAUACAGAUUUAGUAUCUGAAUCCUUACUCUAUAACGCUGGUAGUGAUCAUGACUAUCAGCCGUCUGACGAAUACUUCAAUUUAGGAAAUGAUGACCAAGGAAUUUGGGGUACUGCAGCAAUGGAUGCUGCGGAGUUGGAUUUGAAGCAAGUAAAGAGUUCAACAGCUUCUUGGCUUGAAUUAAGCCAAGCAGCGUUCAAUCGCAUGUCUGGUAGAUGGGACAAUGUAAACUGCGAAGGUGGAUUACGUUGGCAAGCGUUUCCUUGGUUGAGCGGCUAUUCUUAUAAGAGCAGUAUUAGUAAUGGAUUACUAUUUCAAUUGGCUGCCCGAUUGGCCCGUUUUACUCACGAGUCCUCAUAUGAAGACUGGGUCCAUCGCGUUUGGGACUGGUCAACAUCCAGUGGCUUCGUCAAUGAAACAGACUUUAGUGUGUAUGAUGGUUCAAGCGUUGCGACGAACUGUACAGAUAUAGAUCAUUCUCAGUGGUCUUAUAAUCUCGGUGUAUACAUGACUGGUGCCGCCUACAUGUACAACCAUACUCAAGGAAGCGAUCUAUGGAAGAAUAGACUGGAUGGGUUUAUCUCUCAUGCUAUAUCAUCUUUUACAAAAGAUGGCGUAGCAUGGGAUCCACAAUGUGAAACGUCUAACACAUGUAACAUUGACCAAACAGCUUUUAAAGGAAUAUUAAUGCAGAGUUUUGGAAAUGCUAUACGUCUGGCUCCUUAUACUAGAAACAAACUAUAUCCUUUGAUAAAAACUUCAGCACCCGCUGCGGCUUUGGCUUGUUCUGGCGGAUAUAGUGGUAGCAGUUGUGGUGUCCACUGGUCUUGGAACAAUGGUACUUGGGACGGCACAUAUGGCGUCGGUCAACAGUUUUCUGCUCUAGAAGCUGUUCAAAUGCUUUAUGUUGACAAAUAUCCAAGCAUUGUUACCUUGUCGUCUUCGUCAGACAAUCGUUCAAAUGCUACGUAUGCUUCUGACAACUCAAGUACAAAAAACUAUGAAGUAAAUGUACCUCCAGCGACGGAAGCAGAUCGAGGUGGUGCUGGAUUUCUCACGUUUUUGUCUGCUUUUUUGCUUUUGGGCGCAUCCGUAUGGGCCAUAAUUGAAGAUGAAGAAGGAAAUAUUCCAUCUAGAAUUCAUAGAAGCAGCUCUCAAAAGGAUGAAAAGGAUGAAAACGUUAUGAAUGUAUAG